CGUCUACGCGCAGUUAGCUACUCGGGCUACUCCGCAGCGUCUGACGCAGCCCGUGUCGUUGGGAAACUCAACAACCUCCAGGAAACACGGUGAAAUUCCUUCGAGAAAAUCCGGACCUUUCUUCAGAGUUAAGGUUGCAGGUAUUGACCAGGAGAUGGCGCAGUGGUGCCAGCUUCAGAUGCUGGACUGCAAAUACUUGGAGCAGGUAGACCAGCUGUACGAUGACUCCUUCCCCAUGGACAUCCGGCAGUACCUGAGCAAGUGGAUCGAGAGCAUCGACUGGGACACGGUGGCCAUGCAGGACUCGUUGGCCACGGUUCGGUUCCACGACCUCCUGGCUCAGCUGGACGACCAACACAGCCGCUUCGCCCUGGAGAACAACUUCCUGCUUCAACACAACAUCCGCAAGAUCAAAAGGAAUCUGCAGGACCGGUUCCAGGAGGACCCGGUCCACAUGGCAAUGAUUAUCUCCAGAAACCUGAAAGAGGAGCUGAAGAUCUUGUCCAGCGCUAGAAGUGCAGAGGUGGAGGGAGAGGGGACGGUGUCAGCCAUGGUGGUGGAGAAGCAGAAGCUGGACAACAAAGUCAAGGAGAUGAAGGACAGAGUUCAGGUGGUGGACCAGAACAUCAAGAACGUGGAGGACCUGCAGGACGAAUACGACUUCAGGAUCAACUCGCUGAAGAACAGAGAAAAUGAGAUGAACGGCAUGACGGCGAAGGAGCUGGAGAAGGAGAAGAUGAUGAUCGGGAGGAUGUGCUUCGAGCUGAAGGCCAAACGUCAGGACGUGGUGAUGCAGCUGAGCGACUUCCUGAACGUGACUCAGGCCUUGCUGUCUGACCUGAUCUCUGAGGAGCUGCCGGAGUGGAAACAGCGGCAGCAGACCGCCUGCAUCGGUGGUCCGCCCAACGCCUGCGUGGACCAGUUACAGAACUGGUUCACGGCAGUAGCGGAGAGUCUGCAGCAGGUUCGACAGAACCUGAAGAAGCUGCAGGAGCUGGAGCAGAAGUUCACGUACGACAGCGACCCCAUCACUCAAAAGAAAGCCUUCCUGGAGACUCGAGCUCUGGAGCUCCUCAAGAACCUCCUGUCCAACUCGUUGGUGGUGGAGAGGCAGCCCUGCAUGCCCACCCACCCCCAGAGACCCCUGGUCCUAAAAACUGGAGUCCAGUUCACCGUCAAGCUCCGGUUUCUGGUGAAGCUGCAGGAGUUUAACUACCAGCUGAAGGUUAAAGCCUUGUUUGAUAAGGACGUGACGGAGAAGAAAGGGUUUCGGAAGUUCAACAUUUUGGGAACAAACACCAAAGUCAUGAACAUGGAGGAGUCCAACGGCAGCCUGGCAGCAGAGUUCAGACAUCUGCAAUUGAAGGAGCAGAAAGUUGCUGGCAACAGAAACGAGGGUCCUCUGAUCGUCACCGAGGAGCUCCACUCUCUGAGCUUUGAGUCUGAGCUGCAGCUCAACCAGUCGGGUCUGGACAUCAAGCUGGAGGCCAUGUCCCUGCCAGUAGUCGUCAUCUCCAACGUCUGCCAGCUGCCCAGCGGUUGGGCCUCCAUCCUCUGGUACAACACUCUCACCACGGAGCCCAAGAACCUGAAGUUCUUCCUGUCUCCUCCUCCGGCUAAAUGGUCUCAGCUGUCCGAGGUCCUGAGCUGGCAGUUCUCCUCGGUCACCAAGCGAGGCCUGAACCAGGAGCAGCUCAACAUGCUCGCCGACAAGCUGCUCGGAGCCAAAGCCCAGAGGAACCCAGAAGGUCAGAUUCCCUGGACCAAGUUCUGCAAGCAGCAAAGCGCCAACGAGAAGGCCUUUCCCUUCUGGCUGUGGAUCGAAGGGAUCCUGGACCUGAUCAAGAGACACCUGCUGUCUCUGUGGAACGACGGCUCCAUCAUGGGCUUCAUCAGCAAGGAGAGGGAGAAGGCUCUGCUGAGCGACAAGUGUCCGGGAACCUUUCUGCUCCGGUUCAGCGAGAGCAGCCGAGAGGGCGCCAUCACCUUCACCUGGAUCGAGCAUGACGUGCACCUGAAGCCCCUCUACCACUCGGUGGAGCCGUACACCAAGAAGGAGCUGUCGGCCGUCUCCCUGCCCGACAUCAUCCGCACCUACAAGGUGAUGGCAGCCGAGAACAUCCCGGAGAACCCGCUGCGCUUCCUCUACCCUGACAUUCCCAAAGACAAGGCCUUCGGGAAGUACUACCCCAAACCCUCAGAGGCUCAGGAGCCGAUGGACGUGGAGAACGCAGAUAAGAGCGGCUACAUGAAGACGGAGCUCAUCUCCGUCUCGGAAGUACCCCCGUCCAGGCUGCAGGACAACAUGAUGCCCAUGUCUCCUGACGACUACAAGGCCUUGGAGCAGUUCGUCGGGCACAGAGACAUCGAUGCUGUGGCAAGUGAUCUGAUGGAUUUUGGAGAGCUUGACCCUCAGAUGAGCGCUGAGUUUUCAGACGAGAGCCAGUGAAGAUGCUUCCUGGUCUGAACCUCCUGGAACAGGAAGUUUAUCUGCUCUUCUGUCAACAUGAAAAGUUUUAUUUCUUGUUUGGUUUGUAAAUGACUUUUAAUCCAUAUAGGUUUCUUUUUACUGAAAUUAAACGUGAACGUAUAGACUGUAAAGAAGUCUGGGAACUGGUUUCAUCCUCUGAGCCUGAUGGAGUAAAAAUGUUGUUAAAACAUUUAAAUGUUUUUGUUUUCCCUUGAACAUUAAAUCAGCUUUUUAUAAAAGAAAGUGUUUUUAUGAACU